UAAAGUUUAAUCUGUUUUGACGAACUUCAUGUUGAACCUGCCAUUAUUGUUGCUUAGCUUCGUGUCUGAAAUUGAGUUCUACCAAAGCCUAUCUAAAUUUGAACAUCAUUCAAACUUCAAACAUUGAUCUGAAGUUACACUUUGGCAGCCCCACAAUUUUCAACUUCACACUCACAUGUUUGAAGUUGAUUAUGAAAUAGCUAAACUUUAAAAAGUUGGUGAACUUUGGUUAAUUUUUAAAAAAGGGGUCCUAAAAAGGGCUAUUAUUGCACUUCUCACUGUUACUGUUGAUAUUGGGCUGAAGUCGGUCGCGCAAAUUGCAACAAUUGAACUGAAUAAUAAAUCAAGAAAAAGGAGAAGAACCAGAAGCAGUGUUGUCGCAUCGGUAGUUAUCGGAGGAGUAGAAGAAUCCGUAUCCCCAGAUAGCAUACACAGUUUCAAGUUCCCACAAAGGAAGAGGAUUCGCUUGGCUACUAGGAAUUGGAGCUGUAUUAGAAGGAUUGCAAUGAAAUUCUGGGAUUGGUAUUUGAAAAUUUCAGUUGUUUCCGCCAUGAUUGGAGGUUCCAUGGAGUUGUUCAUGAUCAAAACUGGCUUUUAUGAUAAGGUGACUGUUCUAGAGGCAGAAAAGAGAGCCUGGGAAAAUUCUCCGGAAGCCAAGGCUGUCAGAGAUGCUCUCAAUCCGUGGAGACAUCAGGAUGCAGAAGCAAGAAAAGAUUCUUAGCUCUGUCACUUCUGUUUAGAGAAUUAUAAGCAACUGAAGAAUUGGCUUUGAAGGAAGACAGCCCUGCCUUUUUGAGCUUGCUCGUAUUCAUAUCUCUUAUGGAAUGGUUGAAGAGUGUGUCACAACUGAUUAUUUCACCAGCUUGGCUGUUACUUCACUUAGCAUGUGAUAAGAAAGUUCUAUGAAGGGAAUUGGGCAUAUAUCAAAAUGUAAAACUUGUGGAACCCUACUUCUUCUUUUCCUUCUCUCUAUAGACAUUUAGUACUUUGUUUCUUGGAUGUGCAUGUUGUAGAGAAGCAAUCAGUUGGGAAAAGUGGACUAGAUACGACAAUACACAUUUGUUCCACUAAUAUUUUCUUUUUCCUUUUGUCUGUAUAAGUCUGGGGAUGGGUGCAGGUGGAGUGGAGGAUUAUUUUAUA